CAUGUAAUUCGAAAAUUUCAAUGUUUAGUUAGUUUAAACAAACACCGGAAGUUAACUAUAAUUAUCAGAAACUUCUGGACCUUCCUGAAAGUGUUACGUGCCGUAACCUGGGCAUUCAUUUUUUUAGUGUACUAAACUUGUAUCCUUCCUCGUAGAAAGUUGAUUUAUUAGAAUAUGCCUAAGCUCCGAAUUCCUUUUCGCGCUGCUGAUUCAUCUUGAUUCAUCCUUGAACCAAAUAUGUCAUAAAUGAGCCCUAUAUCAUAAAUAUGCGUCAGGACUAACCAUUGUAAAUUCCUUUCCCCUUCCUUACGGGUGCACCUCCCUUAUGACGAUUUUUCUACUCUAACUUUUAGCUGUAGUUUUUAGUUUUAAUCAAUUCCCGUUUGUAACUUGUACCAGCAAUAUCUCUGGAGUUGUUAAUAAAGGCACUGAGUAUAUACCGUAUCCCUCUUAUAUUAUUUCGUUACGUCUCGAUAAGAGCACGUAUAAGCAGAAGGACCGAUCUUAUAAAAGGCUGGACGCGUGAGGAGAGUUGCACACUCUUAGGAAAGUUCGGUUGGAUACAGGUACAAAAAUUGAGAGAAGUCAAAAGCAGAAAAUGUCAAGAAACGAAGCAAAACAGCGUUUACCUUCCCACAAGCAUACAAAUGAAAGUAACAAAUAUAGGAGGAAAUAUGAGAAUUAUGAAAGCAAGAAACACAAAUCAUCAAAAUCUUCGCCAAGCGAUCAGGAAAUGCGUGUGUCUUCUAGUCAAACAUAUUCCAAAUUGCGAGAUCAUCACGAACAGAUUGACGAGGACUUCCACUUCAGCAAUUACAAGCAUAUAUUGAACAAGGUUUUUGUAGCGAAUCCAAAUCUCAUUCAUGACGUCACUGACUUUUGGAAAUUCAUGGAGAAAUACGAAACUGUGAAGAAACAAUUAGACGAUAGCGACGAAUCAACUGUCACUUCUGCUCUGAACUCUAUAGGAGUGCCUGAGAAAUAUCACAAGUCUCAUUGCCUGAAUUUUAGACUUAAUUUAUCUUACGCAGAAUUGUUCACACGUAUCUCAGAGGAUGAACAAUUGACGAGGUCGCGUCUGUUGAAGUUCAAGAAUGUGAUAGUCUUAUAUCUGGACUUUAACCAACGGGAGAAAUUCAACAAAUUGAAAAAGCUCAGGGAUAUGCAGGCUAAUUUGCCGGUAACGCAAUACAAAGAAGAAAUCAUUAAAAGUGUAAAGGACGAGAAGGUGGUCAUCAUAGCAGGAGAUACUGGUUGCGGCAAGUCUACUCAAAUCCCUCAAUACUUGUGCGAAGCUGGUUUUCAGAAAAUAGCGUGCACACAGCCUCGGAGAAUAGCGUGCAUAUCCUUAGCAAAGAGAGUUGCUUUUGAAAUGUUGAGCGAGAAUCUUAACAAAGUUGGAUAUCAGAUACGCUUUGAAAAGCAAAAAAACCAGGAGACGAACAUCACAUUCAUAACGGAAGGUUUAUUGCUACGACAAAUGUCAAGUGAAUCAGCAUUAUCUGCGUACGAUGUGGUGGUCUUGGAUGAAGUACACGAACGUCAUCUGCAUGGGGAUUUCUUGCUGGGCAUUAUGAAGUGUAUUAUAUAUCACAAGCCGGACUUGAAACUAGUACUAAUGUCUGCCACUAUUAACAUUGAGCUCUUUAGUAAUUAUUUCGCGAAGGAAGAUGUUAAAAUAAUAGAAGUUCCUGGAAGAUUAUAUCCCAUUCAGUUGCUCUAUCGUCCUGUGACUGUGGAUGAUAUCAAGUACAAAAAUGACAGAUUCAAUCCAAGCCCGUACGUGCAAAUAAUGCACAUAAUUGAUGAAAAAUAUCCAGCCGACGAGAAAGGCGAUUUGUUAAUAUUCCUGAGUGGAAUAAGUGAGAUUACUGCGGUCGUAGAUGCUGCCAAGGAGUAUAGCAUGAAGAAGAAUAAUUGGAUAGUUUUACCACUUCACAGUACCCUCUCCAUCGCUGAACAAGACAAAGUGUUCGAUUAUGCACCCAAGGGUGUCAGAAAAUGCGUUGUUGCAACUAACAUUGCGGAAACGUCCAUUACCAUCGACGGGAUCAGAUUUGUCGCUGACAGUGGGAAAGUAAAAGAAAUGAGUUACGAUCCAUCAUGUAAAAUGCAAAGGUUAAAGGAGUUCUGGAUAAGUAAAGCCAGCGCGGAGCAAAGGAAAGGAAGAGCAGGUAGAACCGGUCCUGGCGUUUGUUACAGAAUUUACUCAGAGGAGGAAUACAAGAUAUUGGAAAGAUAUUCAACGCCGGAAUUGCAACGCGUGCCUUUGGAUUCUUCCCUAUUGCAGAUGAUAGCGAUGGGACUUCCCGAUGCACGGAAAUUCCCGUUUAUAGAGCCGCCGCCGGCUGACAGUAUAGAAAAUGCUAUAUUAUCAUUGAAAGAUCACAGUGCGCUGACAGAUAACGAAAAGAUCACGUGCAUUGGUAAAACUUUAGCACGCUUACCGGUCGAUAUUACAAUAGGAAAGAUGCUAAUCAUGGGAUCCAUUUUUCAUCAAGUCGAGCCCGUAUUGUCGUUAGCUGCAGCUCUAAGUGUACAAACGCCGUUUACCAAUAGAGCGUACAGAGACGCCGAAUGCGAGACGUCUAGAAAGAAGUUAGAGUCUGAUCACGGUGAUCCAAUAACGUUACUGAACGCGUUUAAAGAAUGGCUGGAGGUGAAGCAAGAAAACUCGCAAGAAUAUAGAAGUAGUGGCAAUAGUAGCAGAAAAUGGUGUAGAAGGAGAGGUUUGGAGGAACAACGAUUUUACGAAAUGACAAAAUUGAGGACCCAAUUUAAGGAAUUACUCCAAGAUUGCAAUUUGCUCAACAGUCCUUCAAAAUCCAACUCUUCUAUGACUAGCGCAGAACGCGCGAUAAGACACGGGGAAUUAAAACUCCUGAAGUCUCUUAAAAGAACUUACAAACAAAAUGAACCGAGAAAGCGUAAACAAUUGAAAGUAGAGACGUUUGAUAUACAGUUGGAAGACAAUGAUGAAGCUAAUGGAGAGUUCGACAUAAAAGAUAUAGAAUUUCGAAUGAGAAAUGACUCGAGUCAAGUGCAAAAUCUUUUAACGGCAUCCACCGCAUGCAGUUAUAAAGAUCUGACAAUGUUGAAAUUGAUAUUGUGCAGCGGUUUGUACCCCCAAUUUGCCUGUGCUGACGAAUUUAAUUAUUGCAAGUCAAUGAGCGAACAAUUAUUUCAUACGAAAGCGAAACCGUACGUCGCCUUACACCCAAUGAGCUUCUUCGGGAACAACUCACAAGUUUUACAAAUCGAGGAAACGGAUAUCGUAUCGGUACCGGGAUUUAAGAACAAAACUCCUGUCAGCUCCAAACAUCAAAUAUUAGCAUAUUUGUCUCUGUUGGAGACUACAAAACCAUAUUUAGUGAAUACUUUGAGAGUACCAGCCGCGCAAACUUUACUGCUAUUCGCACGCGAAAUAGAUACAAACGGUAUAUGUUCAAUAAUAGUAUGCGAUUCGUGGCUAAUGCUGGAAUUCCCCGUUCUUGAUAACGGUCAGAAUCUAUUGCUGAAAGCUAUUAAAUUGAGGAACAAGUGGGAGUUUUUGUUAAAUCAGCAAUUACAAGGCUCUUCCGAUGUUUCAAGUAACGAGAGAAAAGAUUUCAAUAUAAUUGAACAAAGUCUCACGCAAGAACUAAUUGAAUAUAUGUAUACCACAGUGCCAUACACGAUUAAACGAUUAUUACCAGCCGAUUUGAAAACCAUAUACGUUGGGAACGAUAAUAAUGAUGCAAAUAUAGAACCUAAUCCUUUUCAAUCCGAUUUCAGCAGUACGCCAAAUAUAACUAAAGGUGGAGUUCACGUGACAGAUAAUGUUACGUAUAAUUGCAUAAAAGAAAGCGAGUGGAGCGAACGACUCGUUGCGGAAAUGCACGAGACCGUGUGGCAGUGUCCAAACUGUGAUUUUCAAACAAUUUUAUCGUGCAUAGAGAAGCUUAAGCAUCAGAAUUCCUGUAUAACCGCGAAUGUGACUAGUGUUGAUAAAGAAGGAGAAAAUGUCGCUCAUAAGCCUAAUAGUCAAGCAUACGAAUGUCCUGAUUGUUCAAAAACAUUAUAUCUCACACCUAUCGAAAUGCUGAGGCACAAGAAACUCCAUAUCAGAACGAAUUAA